AUGUCUACAGAAGCUCCAGUUGAAACUCAUGUUGCUCCAGCUACAAAGAAAUAUAUCCCAGAUCCAGAAACCACAGUUUUUAUUGGUAAUCUGGAUGCCAAUGCAACUGUCGAAGAAUUAAAAGCAGUUUUCGGUAAGGAUGUUGAAGUCGAAAUCCCAAUUAUCAAUAAAAGAGAUGGCAGAUAUAUUCAAACAAGACAUGCAUUUGUAAAAUAUCCAAAUAAGAUUGAUCCUUUAGAAAUUAAAAAAAGAUAUGAUGAUGAAGUUAUUAAUGAUAGACCUAUUGUUAUCAGAAGAGUUCUAACCCAAACCCAACUAGAAAACCGUCAACAAUACAAUUAUAAUAGCAAUGGCUUCAGAGGCGGUAGAGGUGGCUUCAGAGGCGGCCGUGGUGGCUUCAGAGGCGGUCGUGGCGGUUCUUCAUUUAGAGGCGGUAGAGGUUCGUUCAGAGGUGGUAGAGGUGGCAGAUAUAUUCAUGGACCUGCAAUUCCAGCUCCACCAAAAAAGGAUAAGAUUCCAUUAGAUGAAAUGGAGAGAUCUACUGAUACCAUUUAUGUUAAUAAUGUUGAUUAUAACACCACCAAAGAAGAACUAGCAGAAUUUUUUGGUACAACACCAGAAUUAGUUGUAUUACCAAUGAGAAGAAUGAGAGACGUCAAAACCAAGAGAUUCUUCUUUUCAAAGAGAAUGAAUAGAGGUAUCGCUUUUGUUACCUUUGUUGAAGGUGUCGACAUUAAUGCCAAGGUAGAAGAAUUCCAAGGUAAAUCUUUCAAAGAAAGAGACUUAGCGUUAGAUGUUGCUGCUAAGAAGCCAGUUUAUGAAGAAAAUGAACAUGACGAUGAAAAUGAAGACUCUGAUUCUGAUUCCGAUUCUGAUUCCGAUUCUGAUGCUGAAGCUGAAGAAUAA